AUGAACCUCCUCAGGAAUGGAAGACUCUACCUUCCAAGGGAGGUUGAAAGCAAGGUGAUAAAAGUCCCUGUUGUUGGGAUCGAAGUCGUAGAGAUAGGACUCGGAGAGCCAAAAUGGGCACAAGAAAUGGCGAGGUACCUAGAUAUGGGAGAACUCCCAGCCGACAAACGAGGCUUCAUGACCCUCUUGCUAAGGUGUAUCUGCCCACAAGAGGCACAAUACGUCCUAGCGGAGGUGCAUGAAAGAGCAUGCUGGAACCACUCUAGGGGAAGAGCUCUGGCAAGAAAGGUUAUGUGGGCAGACUACUAUUUGCCUCAUGCCCUCAAGGACGUGAAAGAAUUCGUUAAGAGAUGUGCAAAGUGCCAGAUGUUUGCCCCUAUAUCACACUUUCUGCUAGUGGAGUUGACCUCCAUAAUGUCCCCAUGGUCGUUCGCAUAG